AUGACGGACACUGGGAUCUUUGAGAUGACCGUCCCCACUCCGACGUCGGCACUGCAUCACCUCAUCACUGCCCAGGUCCUGAUCGGGUUUAACGUGCCCAUAAAGGCCUUCAGAGGUGACUGUUCAGCGUGUGGGAAGACUGUGAAGGACACAGUGCAUGAAUGGAACCUCUACAGGAACGAAUGCCUGCUCAAGAUCAGCACCGACCCCAAGCCAUCAGGUCUGGUGUGUGGCCGGAUGUUCGACAUGUACGCGUGCUGGGCAGAUGGUCUGCCCAACACCACCGUCAAAGUGCCCUGCCCCUGGUACCUCCCCUGGCAUGACCAAGUGCGGAACGGCUAUGUGUUGAGGGAGUGUGGUGCAGAUGGACAGUGGGCCACCAAUAACACCAGCCGCACCUGGAGGGACCACUCCCAGUGCAAUGACGACGGCAGCCAACAGAGGGCGCAGGAGAACCAGAUGAUGGUGCUGGCCUACUUCAGGGUGAUGUACACGGUGGGCUACUCCCUCUCUCUGGCCAGCCUCUCGCUCGCUCUCAUCAUCCUCCUCAUCUUCAGGAGACUGCGCUGCACCCGUAACUUCAUCCACACCAACCUGUUUGCGUCGUUCAUCCUGCGGGCCGUGUCCAUCCUCACGCGGGACGCGCUGCUCACCAGAGACGCUCCGCAGUUCAGGGACAACAGGGACGUGUCCAACAUGCUGAGCGACAAGGCUCUGUCGGGGUGUCGCGUGGCCCAGGUGCUGAUGCAGUACUGCGUGGGGGCCAAUUACUGUUGGCUGCUGGUGGAGGGGCUUUACCUGCACAACCUGCUGGUGCUCAUGGUCUUCUCCGAGAACAGCUACUUCUGUGGCUACCUCGUCAUUGGCUGGGGCACUCCUGUGUUGUUUGUGGCGCCCUGGAUUGCUAUGAGAUAUUAUUAUGAAAACACCAGGUGCUGGGAGAUCAAUGAGAACAUGGCGUACUGGUGGAUCAUCAGGACCCCUAUUAUGCUGGCUAUACUGGUCAAUUUUUUCAUAUUCAUUAGGAUUAUCCUAAUCCUCAUCUCCAAGCUGAAAGCACACCAAAUGAGGUACACCGAUUACAAGUUCAGGUUGGCCAAGUCCACUCUGACCCUCAUCCCACUGCUGGGGAUCCAUGAGGUGGUGUUCGCCAUCAUGACGGAGGAGCAGACCGAAGGGACACUAAGGAACAUCAACCUGUUCUUCGAGCUCUUCUUCAACUCCUUUCAGGGUUUCCUUGUGGCCAUCCUGUACUGUUUUGUGAACAAAGAGGUCCAAUCGGAGAUCAAGAAGAAGUGGCAGCGAUGGCGGCUAGGCAUCAGCGUGCUGGAUGACCAACGCAACACUGGCAGCCACACGCCCCAGGGCAAUGCCAUCGUCGGGCACGUGUGCCACCACAACCCCCCGUGCCAGCCAGAGUGCCCCCAGGACUGCGUCUCAGACCCCCAGAAAGGGAAGGCGUACUGCUACAUCUCUGCCCGCAAGCAGGCCAUGAACGGCCUGGAUGGGCAGGGAACGGGCCCCGAAAACGGAGGCGGAGGAGAUGGGGGGGACGGGGUGAUCAAGUACUCGGAGAGCUACUGCUGA